UCAGAUUGUCGUAUGUUGAUGACGUAGAGGUAAUGGCCGCUCUCGUUGUGCUGUGCGGGGUGUUUUAUUUUCUCUACCACAGCGGAUAAAUACAACGUUUAAUAUUUAUUGUAGCCUGUAGAAACAAUAUCAGCUGGAGAGGAGAGUUCUUAACGAAGCAGCGCCGUCUUAAACAGCUCCGGGUCGGCAAGGUGAAUGAAAAUGUGUGGUUGUUAGCCGCUAGCAGAGUGUAGCUGCGCUUUUAGCUUAGCUUCAGGGUAGUCUGCAUUGUUAAUUGAAAGACGGGCUAGUGUGCUACGGUGUCCGCUCAUUGCUAACGCGGCAGAUUCCGGCUUGUUAUGCCCUUUACCCCACUAGUUCAUUUGUUUAUAUAAGUUAAGGAGGAUUUCCCGUUCAGUGAGGGCAGUGUGCUUGUUGGUUAGCCAGGUCUCUUCGUGUUGUUAAGUUAUAGGCCUUGUUGCCAACUACCGCGACCCUGCCAUUAGAAGUGCUACUAGUCAUUUUAGGGUGCAGGUGAACUUAUGUAAUACUUACAGAUUUUGACAUGUUGUCUGCUUGGUUAUAAAUAAGUAGGUAUACUGUGAAACCCUCAAGAGACAUUUGGAAUUUAUGAAGUUUUAGCUCCUACCGUGGGCAGCUAGCUUGGCAUAAGCUAAGGCUUUUCUUUGCUGUUGAAAACUGACCCCGCCUAAUUCUGAUAUAAAGUGCUUUUACAGAAUAUUCUCUGAUGGAUUCUCCUGAAAGCCCUAUGCAGUCCCCUCAAUCUCCUGAGGAGGAGAAGGGCCUUUCUGACUGUGACCUGCUGGAUUCUUCUGAUGAAGAGGAGGACAGGGUCAUCUCAGGCAGUGAGAUAGUCCAUGAAGAAGAAAAUGGAGGGAUGGUUAUGGAGGACAAAGAGGAAGAGGUGGUGGAAAGGCGAGGAAGAGGUUUGGAAUUAGAGGAGUUGGAAGAAGAGGACGAGGUGGUCCCUGAUUGUGCCUCUGACCCAGAGGAUGAUGAGCCUGGAGGGAUUGGACAGGAGGAUGAGACCAUUGUCCUGAUGGAGGGGGAAGAAGACGUUCCACAAGGGGGCCAGUUGGAUGGGGAGGAGGAAGAGGAGGAAGGGGAUCGAGUCAUUGACACCCCACAGUCUCCAGACUCAGAGCCAGAGCAGGUCAAGAGCUUCACUGAUGAAGACACUGGAGAAGACAGGGAGGAAGGAUACAGUGAGUUCAGAAAGGACUCCUCAGCAGAGCCUGCUGAGAUGGAUGAUGAUGAGGAAGACAAACGCAAGGCAGAAGAGGAGGAUGAAAGGAUGAGAGCUGAGGAAGAAGAGGGAAGAAGAGCUGUUGCCGCUAAGGAGAUGAAGGACGACUCUGCAUCUGUUUCCCGGGAGCUGGACGAGCAUGAACUGGAUUACGAUGAGGAGGUCCCAGAGGAGCCUAGCAUCCCUGCACACGAGGAAGAGGAAGAUGAGGAAGAUGCAGAGGAGGAGAGUGAGGACAAGAGCAGUAAGCAGAAGGAGAAGAAGCCCAUUCUCCCUCCAUCUCCUAAAAACAGUGACUCCAGGAGAACGAACGACUCCAAAGGGCCAGAGAGGGUGGGCAGAGAUUCCUUCAGAGACAAGAAGAAGGAUGAGGAUGAUGGAGAGAUUGAUGAAGGAGAGAUUGACGAUGAUGACCUGGAGGAGGGGGAGGUCAAAGAUCCCUCAGACAGGAAGAUCAGGCCACGUCCCAUCUGUAGGUUCUUCAUCAAAGGAAAUUGUACCUGGGGUAUGAACUGUAGGUUCAUCCACCCUGGAGUCAAUGACAAAGGUAACUAUUCCCUCAUCAGUAAACCAGACCUCUUCUCACCCAAUGGAGCACCGCCUGGAGGACCACACCCUCUUAUACCCAAUAAUCCCUGGGCUGGGCCUGCAGUGGAGGAGCUUCCUCCUCCUCCUCCUCCAGUGGAACCUCCUGUGGAGAGUGCCUGGGAGAGAGGUCUGAGGCAUGCCAAAGAGGUGCUGAAGAAGGCCACCAUCCGUAAGGAGCAGGAACCAGACUUUGAGGAGAAGCGUUUCAACGUGACCAUCGGAGAGGAUGAAAGAGAAUUUGACAAAGAGAAUGAUUUCUUCAGAGAACGCAGCUACCGCAUCAUUAGAGAUGAAAUGGACUUCAGAGAUCCUAUAUAUGGUGACCCAUAUAAUGAUCCAUACUAUGACUAUGAAAUGGAGGCCCUUUGGCGAGGUGGCCAGUAUGAAAACUUCAGAGUGCAGUACACAGAAGCUCCUCUUCCUUACCAUUACAGUGAACGUGAACGUGAACGUGACCGUGACCCUCAGGAACGGCACCGGGACCGGGAGAGAGAGCGAGAUCAUCGUGAGCGGGAACGCCGGCAGAGAGAGAGGGAGAGGGAAAGAGAGCGGGAACGUGAGAAAGAGAGAAUGCGGCGGAAAGAAGAGUGGGAGAGGGACCGGAUGAAGCGGGAUGAGAAGGAGAGGCCGAGGAUGCGUCCUCCUCGAGAUGCCAGGGAGAAGAAAGAUGAGGACAAACUGAAACCACACUCUCCACUAAGCUUGCCACCCAGCAGGCCGAUGGAUCCUCCCUCAAAGAAGGAGGUUGUUCCAUUAAUGAGACGACCGGAUGAGUGGAAGGACCCGUGGCGUCGGUCCAAAUCUCCCAGGAGACGGCCUGGGUUGGGCUCUCCACCACGAGGCCGCCGGCGACAUCGUCCCUCAGGCUCCUCUGUCUCUCUGUCCAACUCCUCCAGGUCUUCAUCUCGCUCUUCAUCCUACACAGGCUCUGGGUCGUCUCGCUCCCGCAGCCGCUCUUCUUCAUUCAGCUCCUACUCCAGCCACUCCUCCCAGCGUAGCUCCUUCAGUGGCAGCCGCUCCAGGUCUCGAUCAUUUUCCACAUCUCCUUCACCGAGUCCAACAGCACUGAGGAAUGCUAAGAACAAACCAGAACUGUCUCCUAUGUUAACUAAAGGCAUGCUGCUGAAGCCAGGUGCCAUGCCCCCCCCUCGCAGGGACAAGCCUCCCAUGAAGAAAGCUCCCAGUCCUCCUCCACCUGGUGGACUACAGGGCAGGCCUUCCAAACCCAUGCUAGAGGGAGGCAAGACUCCCACCAAUCCACGGGAAGCUGGAGGUGCGGGUGGUGGAGCUAACAACAGCGGAGCAGGAAGGGCCCUGCCGCCACGGGAACCUGGAAAACCUCCCAACCCGAGGGAAGGAAGGCGGAAAGAACGGCAGCAGCAUCCUCCCCGGAGGCGAACUGUGAGUGGGAGUGUUAGUGGAAGUGGUAGCAGUUAUACUGGUUCUAGCUCCAGAUCCAGAUCCUCAUCCAACUCCCUCUCACACUCUGGAUCCAGAAAAUCCAGGAAAUCUAGAUCGCUGAGUGUGAGCAGUGUGUCAUCAGUGUCCUCAGCAUCAUCCAGUAGCAGCUCAGUGCGCAGCGCAGACUCCGAUGACAUGUACGCUGACCUGGCCAGCCCUGUGUCUUCUGCCAGCUCCCGCUCACCCACACCAAAUCACCCCCGCAAGGAGCGAGGAGCUGCACGGGACAGGCCUCCGCAUGGGAGAGACAAGAAUAGGGAGAGACCAUCAAAGAAAGAUGAACCCUUUAGGGAGGACCGCAGAAAGAUUGACCCAUCUGGUGCCCCACUUAGAGGAGGCAACGCCAUGCCCAGAUCAGGUCCUGGUAGCAGGGGUGGCCACCCUACACAUCCCCCACCUGGCACCAUGGGCCCCCCUGGAAGCUACGGAGGUUCAAGUUCCCACAAGGACAUAAAACUCACUCUCCUCAACAAGCAGCAGGGAGAUAAAGGCAACAGGAAGAGAUACCUGCCUUCAGACAAAGACAGGCCAGGUUCUCCCCUCAGUAAAAGAAUGGCCAUGUCUCCAGACAGAGGCCGUGAUAAAAGGAUACCUGGCCGACCCCCACUCUCCCCUCGAAUGGAUCGGCCCAGAGGCCAGGGGCCCCGACCCAUGCCCCCCCAUGGAGACAGAAAACGUCCUCUGUCACCAGCCCCCAAGUCAUCUGGGAAAGCCUCAGUGGCGCCAUCAGGCAAGCCGGCCACUCCGGGCUCCGCUUCAGCUGCUGGCUCGGGCCCCAGCUCAGGGUCAGGCUCCAACAAACCCAGCAACACGCUUUCCCGCCGAGAAGAGUUGCUGAAACAGCUGAAGGCCGUGGAAGAUGCCAUCGCCCGAAAACGAGCAAAGAUCCCUGCCAAAUAGAAGGAAGCCCACUCCUCGCCUGUUUGCCCACCUGCCUCCUGAGCUGGGGCAAUAGUGAGGGUCAUGGAUUGGAGCGUUUCCCCCCCGCUGUCAGUGGAUGUGUAAAAAUGUUGUAUGGUUCAUGCUGCCACAAAAACCAUCAUCUGCUUGUCUGCCUUCAGAGAAGUUUGGCCACACUUCAUUCUAGAGCGUCAUUCAUCCCCACACGCCCAACUGCUCCCGUGAAAGUCUUUGAAUGUCCGGCUGCAGUUUACCUCAUCAAAGAAACAGGAGGGAACAUGUGGGUGUGUGGUGAGGGAGGGACGUCUCAGGAAUGGAGUGUACUUUUGUAGACUCUACAGAAACAGAAGGCCAGUGAGGUGCACUUGAUCUCCGUUCCUCCAGUGAAAAGGAAGCAUCCUCCUUAUGUGGUGUGAUGAAUAACAGAUUUAUACACAUUGAUUCUACUUGUGUCUGUCUUUCUCUGCCCCCUUUUAUUGUCUCGUUCUCUCACAUCUUUGCUUUAGCUUCCUUUGUGUGUGGCGUGCUGUGACUGGUAGAGUCAGCUCUACAGGGUCCUGACCGCCUACAGGGCUUCACAACGCCUCUUUGUAUAAAUCCACCAGUUCCAGAGCAUCCCUGUUUGGCCCUCUGGAAGCAAUCAUUAGCCCAUGCUCUGGUCACAGGGGCCUGUCUUUAACCAAUGACUCGUCUGUUCUGUGUUUUAGGUCAGUGUUCACUGUCACACCUUGUACAAAAAUAAGUCAUCAGAUUCUUUUAUGCGUAUGAUUAUAGACAAUAGUGAUGUGAAAUAUUACUUUUUUUUUUUUUUAAAUCUGCAGCAUUUAGUUUUCUCCUUAGCUCUUCUUAAGUAAUAAACCAAUGUUUUAUUUGUGUCACAUUUUUAGUUGGAGGAGUAUGAGAGGUGGAAUGGGGACAUUUAGAGACAAGAUAUGUCUUGCUUUUGUGACAAAAGUCUAAAUAAACUAUUUUGAUAAAGAGAAA